AUGGCUCGCGAUAUCCUGAAAGUCGCCCAGACGGCAUCCAAUGUCGUCUCGAUCUCUCAGAAAUACUCCGUCCGAUCUACCGGUGUCUGGGAGCGUAUCCGUCGCCUUCUCGCCAUCGACCCCAAUCGGUCGACCGGCAUCCCUCUGAAUUCCCAGUUCCGUCUUCCUACCCCCGGAUCUCUACCUCCUCUGUCUUAUGAUGACCCCGUCACGGUUCCGGCCGGUGACCUUGCCGACAACCCUUAUUGGAAGCGCGACACUCGACGAAACUACCCGCAGCUGAGUACCGUAACCCAGGCUGAUGCUGUGGGCCUUCUCACGGUCGGAAACCAGGCUGCUCCCAAGGAUGAUGUUCUACAGAUUGGAGAGGCUGGCGAGAAGCAGUUGGUUGAUGUCAAGGAGCAGGGUGAAGAACGAGGCCUCGCCGCCCUCUUCGAGAAGGACAAGAAGAGCAUCCAAGGUGUUUUGGGAGCGAAUGGUUUGCCUCCGACACCCUGUAACAUUAACACUUCCACUCGUUCCUCAUCCCAGUAUGAGAUGGGCCAGGAGCAAGCCUACCCUGCAGUGUACCCUUGCCGCAGCUUCGUUUGA